CCUCUAGGUUCAGACGCUAGUGAAUACUCACCGACGGUAUUGGAAUGUGCCAUUUGGACCGGUCGGCAGCAGCUACGGGUGCCGGUCCCACACUGAAAAGCGACAGUGGUGACGGCUGAGCUCCCAGAAGCAGAACAACGACAGGUAACACCUGAAGCCACGCAGCCGCCGCCAUCUUCACAGCCGUGGAGUGCCUACCGAAAGCAUUUCACCCUCUUCCGGUUCGUCCCGCCUUCUUCCGGCUCUCCUCUGGGGGCGGGAUUAUCCGGGUCCUGGAACCGUCGCGGGGCUUGUUUGCUGUGCGACGUAGCGGCCCCUCCCUCAGACAGUCAUCGUUGCGCCUUGAGACUUUGGACCUACUGCGCAAGCGUCACUCUGUUGGAACCUGGACUCACUGCGUACACGCCCUCACCGCCGCCCAGUUUCGGUUCCUAACAAAAGCAUGUUCCUCCUCAGCCACCCAUAAUCAAGACACAUUUGCCAAAUAAAUCAUUGUAGAAACGCUAGUUUGGGCCUGAAAAAUUCCAGGAGCAAGAGUCAAGAUUUGUCACUCCAUGAGGUUCUGGAGGGAACUCCCUUUGCAGAAACUUGACGGUGAAGUGCUGGUUGUAAUUUUAGAAAGACAUCCAAUCGUCUUUUUUAAAAGAUCGCCCAGGGCCCUUGUCCUGAGAGCUGGGAGCUGAUCGGAGUGACAGAGAAGCCAUGGAAGCAGCUGAGAAAGAGGAAAUAAGUGUUGAAGAUGAAGCUGUGGAUAAAAACAUUUUCAGAGACUGCAACAAGAUCGCGUUUUACAGGCGUCAGAAACAGUGGCUUUCCAAGAAGUCCGCCUAUCAGGCAUUACUGGACUCAGUCACAACAGAUGAAGACAGCACCAGGUUCCAAAUCAUCAAUGAAGCAAGUAAGGUUACUCUCCUGGCUGAAAUUUAUGGUAUAGAAGGAAACAUUUUCAGGCUUAAAAUUAAUGAAGAGACUCCUCUAAAACCCAGGUUUGAAGUUCCUGAUGUCCUCACAAGCAAGCCAAGCACUGUAAGGCUGAUUUCAUGCUCAGGGGACACAGGGAGUCUGAUAUUGGCAGAUGGAAAAGGAGGCCUGAAGUGCCAUAUCACAGCAAACCCAUUCAAGGUAGACUUGGUGUCUGAAGAAGAGGUUGUGAUUAGCAUAAAUUCCCUGGGCCAAUUAUACUUUGAGCAUUUACAGAUUCUUCACAAGCAAAGAGCUGCUAAAGAAAAUGAGGAGGAGGCAUCAGUGGACACCUCUCAGGAAAAUCAAGAGGAUCUGGGCCUGUGGGAAGAGAAAUUUGGAAAAUUUGUGGAUAUCAAAGCUAAUGGUCCUUCUUCCAUUGGUUUGGAUUUCUCCUUGCAUGGAUUUGAGCAUCUCUAUGGGAUCCCACAACAUGCAGAAUCACACCAACUUAAAAAUACUGGUGAUGAAGAUGCUUACCGUCUUUAUAACCUGGAUGUUUAUGGAUACCAAAUAUAUGAUAAAAUGGGCAUUUAUGGUUCAGUACCUUAUCUCCUGGCCCACAAACUGGGCAGAACUAUAGGCAUUUUCUGGCUGAAUGCCUCAGAAACACUAGUGGAGAUCAAUACAGAGCCUGCAGUAGAGUAUACACUGUCCCAGAUGGGCCCAGUUGCUGCUAAACAAAAGGUCAGAUCUCGAACUCAUGUGCACUGGAUGUCAGAAAGUGGAAUCAUUGAUGUUUUUCUGCUGACAGGACCUACACCUUCUGAUGUCUUCAAACAGUACUCAUACCUUACAGGCACACAAGCCAUGCCCCCUCUUUUCUCUUUGGGAUACCACCAGUGCCGCUGGAACUAUGAAGAUGAGCAGGACGUAAAAGCAGUGGAUGCAGGGUUUGAUGAGCAUGACAUUCCUUAUGAUGCCAUGUGGCUGGACAUAGAGCACACUGAGGGCAAGAGGUACUUCACCUGGGACAAAAAAAGAUUCCCAAACCCCAAGAGGAUGCAAGAGCUGCUCAGGAGCAAAAAGCGUAAGCUUGUGGUCAUCAGUGAUCCCCACAUCAAGAUUGAUCCUGACUACUCAGUAUAUGUGAAGGCCAAAGAUCAGGGCUUCUUUGUGAAGAAUCAGGAAGGGGAAGACUUUGAAGGGGUGUGCUGGCCAGGUCUCUCCUCUUACCUGGAUUUCACCAAUCCCAAGGUCAGAGAGUGGUAUUCAAGUCUUUUUGCUUUCCCUGUUUAUCAGGGAUCUACGGACAUCCUCUUCCUUUGGAAUGACAUGAAUGAGCCCUCUGUCUUUAGAGGGCCAGAGCAAACCAUGCAGAAGAAUGCCAUUCAUCAUGGCAAUUGGGAGCACAGAGAACUCCACAACAUCUACGGUUUUUAUCACCAAAUGGCCACUGCAGAAGGACUGAUACAGCGAUCUAAAGGGAAGGAGAGACCCUUUGUUCUUACACGUUCUUUCUUUGCUGGAUCACAAAAGUAUGGUGCUGUGUGGACAGGCGACAACACAGCAGAAUGGAGCUACCUGAAAAUUUCUAUCCCGAUGUUACUCACUCUCAGCAUUACUGGGAUCUCUUUUUGUGGAGCUGACAUAGGCGGGUUCAUUGGGAAUCCAGAGACAGAGCUGCUAGUGCGUUGGUACCAGGCCGGAGCCUACCAGCCCUUCUUCCGUGGCCAUGCCACCAUGAACGCCAAGCGACGGGAGCCCUGGCUCUUUGGGAAGGAACACACCCAGCUCAUCCGAGAAGCCAUCAGAGAGCGCUAUGGCCUCUUGCCAUAUUGGUAUUCUCUGUUCUACCAUGCACACGUGGCUUCCCAACCUGUCAUGAGACCCUGUCUCUACAAAAAAUUUAAAAAUUAGCUGGGCACGACCUCUUAUAAUGAUACUCAACUUUAUUUCCUCUUAGGGAGUGCAUUAUUGGUUCAUCCAGUCACAGAACCAAAAGCCACCACAGUUGAUGUGUUUCUUCCAGGAUCAAAUGAGGUCUGGUAUGACUAUAAGACAUUUGCUCAUUGGGAAGGAGGGUGUACUGUAAAGAUCCCAGUAGCCUUGGACACUAUUCCAGUGUUUCAGCGAGGUGGAAGUGUGGUACCAAUAAAGACAACUGUAGGAAAAUCCACAGGCUGGAUGGCUGAAUCCUCCUAUGGACUCCGGGUUGCUCUAAGCACUAAGGGUUCUUCAGUGGGUGAGUUGUAUCUUGAUGAUGGCCAUUCAUUCCAAUACCUCCACCAGAAGCAAUUUUUGCACAGGAAGUUUUCAUUCUGUUCCAGCGUUUUGAUCAAUAGUUCUGCCGACCAGAGAGGUCAUUAUCCCAGCAAGUGUGUGGUGGAGCAGAUCUUGGUCUUAGGCCUCAGGAAGGAGCCAUCUUUUGUGACUACCCACUCAUCUGAUGGUAAAGAUCAGCCUGUGGCUUUUACGUAUUGUGCCAAAACGUCCAGCCUGAGCCUGGAGAAACUCUCGCUCAACAUUGCCACUGACUGGGAGGUCCGCAUCAUAUGACAAAGAACUGACCCUGGUGAUGUGAGCAGGGACCUGCCAGUCCCUUUCAACCUUCCCCUCGCCUUUUUUGAGAUUUGUGCAGCAAUCUACUUGCCUUUCCUGAGUCAAAAUAAUCUUUCAUUCGUCACCAUUAUACUAGUGAACAAUAGAUUUCAUGUUUUAAAUUUUCAGAUUUUACAUGUUAAGAUGUACUAGCAAUAUUCCUUGUGUCAAACAUCCCCUUUUCUCCCGGAUACAUAGCCCUGAGACAUUUAUAGCGUUCAAGAGUCUUCUGUUGCUUCCAUUGCUUGAGCAAGGCUGCAUGGUUCUGUUUUAAUGUGGGCCAAGCCUACCUGGGCAGCCCCUUUGCCAGGGCUUGCCUCGGGCCAUGCAGCAUUGGCGUUGUGGCUGCAGCAACUGAGUUGCUCAAGGCCAGUCUCCAAGUGGACAGCAGCCUCUGAUAGUCCCCACAGUUAUCUUCCACCCACAUGGACUGGGCAAAGCAGCCCUCUUCUGUGUGCACUGCAUACGCUGCAGCAGUGGGAGUUAUUCUCCCCUAGAGAUCCACUUGGCAGCACGAAGGAUUCUUUUCUCUUUCGUGCUUCUCAGGCUCAAUAGUUUCUAAUUAAUCUUAAAAUCCAUGUCUUUUAAAUUGUUUUUUAAUUAAGUGCUGUCUGCUAACCAAAGAAUAUUUGUAACGUGAGUAAGCUAUGAUUAAUAACAACGAAAUGAAUACUCAUGUACCCACCACUGGAUUUCCGAAGUAGAACUCAUGACUGGAACUAGGAUGAGGCAAGGGAGGCCCUGGCCUUGGGCACAAAAUGUAAGGGAUGCCAAAAAAUACAGUAAUCAAAAUAAGUAAUAUUUCAAUCCACUAUUUUUAAAAAUCAGAAUUAAUGCAAAAAAAAAAAACCAUGAUGAACAAAAUAUCAAAAUUUAAAAUAAAGACAGGAUUAGUAUUACUGGGUUUUCCUUUUGUCCCAGGCUCUAAUGUGGCUUGGCAUGGAGCAGAACAUUACAAUAUACCAGUCACAUCAUAAUGCCCAAGGCUCUGCAGACCCCAGUGGCUCCCUGCUGCCUGCCUCAGCAUCUGUUUUGGCAGCCUCAACUCCCCAGCACUCCUCAGCACACACCUCUUCUUAUCAGGCUUCCUCCCCUUAGCAACUUGCCAGUGGCCACCUCUGUGCCUUCUCAUCCCUGGGCACCAAUAUCCUCCUGCCCUUACCAUCCUUCCAGGCCCAACUCAAAUCCCACUUUCCCAUUAAGCCUAACUACGCGAACACCCCUACCCCCAUACCCAUUAGCAGUGAUUUUGCCCUUCCCUAUAAUGCUAUCCCACUUAUAACUGUGCUCUACUUACCAUUCUCAGGGAUCAUACCUUAGUUUUCAGUGUGUCUCUCUUCUCACUAGAUUGUAUGUUCCUCAAGAGCAUGUUCUAUUUCUCUUCUAUCUGACACAGCACUAUUAUACCUGACUUUCAGUAACUGUUAGCUGUGAUUGGUUAGCUGGUGGAUUUAAUUGAUUAAAAAAUUACAUUUGAAUGUA